GAUGCACGUACUGAGGUGUAUAUAUCAAUUGAAGAUUUGGACGAAUAGUCAUUUAUGCCAUAUACCGGAAAUGGAUCCUACUGAAUAUGGAUGGACAAAUCAAAAUGGCACUUGGGAAACAGUCCAUACAGAAAAACCCCCAAUUCCAGACAACGUUAGGGGUCUACUUACAAUUUUUUGUGCCGAUAGAAAGUGCGACAACAAUAAAUGUGUUUGUUUAAAAGAAGGAGUCAAAUGCUGUUUGGACUGUAAAUGUAGUAGCAGCAAUUGUAACAAUCAGUUGAUGCAAAAAAGUGAACAACAAAUUGAUGACGAAGAAAAUUUAGAAAUAUAAAUAAAAAUAAAAUUUUGUUAAUUAAAAUAUGUAAGUAAUAUUAUCAAAUGCAAAAUUUCAAAUUAUAAUACG